AUGGUCACUCAGAACCUAAUCAGUGCUGAUGAGCUGAGGCUGGUGAAUGGAAGCAGACCCUGUGCCGGGAGAGUGGAGGUUAAACACCAGGAUCAGUGGGGGACGGUGUGUGAUGACAACUGGGACAUGGAAGAUGCUGAGGUGGUUUGGUACGCCGGGUACAGGCUGGCAAAUGGCAGCACAGGGUGUUCGGGGAGAGUGGAGCUUCGCCACGGAGGCACCUGGGGAACCCUCUGUGACUCCCACUGGGAUUUACAGGCUGCCCACACCCUCUGCCAGCAGUUUGACUGUGGAUUCCCCCUGUCGAUUCCAGCAGGGCAGCUCUUUGGUACAGGAGAUGGGCCUGUCUGGAACGGCACAUUUGGCUGUGAGAGGAACGAAUCCUGCCUGAGGGACUGUCCAGUUACUGCGCUGGGCACAACUGAGUGUCCCCCUGGGAGCGAAGCCAGCGUGGUGUGUUCAGGGUGCCUCGGCGGCAGGUUAGCGAACGGCACCGAGUGCUCCGGGAGAGUGGAGAUUCGACAUGGAGACACAUGGCGAAGCCUCUGUGCAUCCCACUGGGAUUUGCAAGAUGCCAAUGUCCUCUGCCAUCAGCUGAACUGUGGCUACGCCGAGUCGAUCUGGGGAGGAGCCCAUUUCGGGGAAGGGAACGGAACCAUAUGGAGCGACACUUUUCAUUGUGAAGGGACUGAAUCUUGUUUGUGGGAUUGUUCUCGCAUGGCCCUGGGCAACUCAGCCUGCUCCCCACGAGACACGGCCGGGGUUAUUUGCUCAGGUCAUUCUAAGUCGCUCAGAUUGUUGAAUGGAGAAAGCCGGUGCAAUGGGAGAGUCGAGAUUUCCCUCCGUGGUGUGUGGAGCAGAGUCCUGGAUGACCAGUGGGACAUGGAUGAUGCCAGCGUGGUGUGCAGGGAGCUCCAGUGCGGAGUCGCUGAGAAAGCUUAUAACCCCCCUAAGUCUGAGCGAGGAACAGGCCUCGUGGGGCUGAGAAGCGUCCAGUGUGCAGGAAAUGAGACUCGUCUGACUCUCUGUGACAACUCCAUAUCCGAGACAGCCCAGGCAGGAAUUGCUGAGGACGUCGGUGUCAUUUGCUCAGGGAGCAGGCGGAUCAGACUGGUGAAUGGGGCAGGUCGCUGUGCUGGGAGAGUGGAGAUUUAUUACCAUGGCAGCUGGGGGACAGUCUGUGAUGAUUCCUGGGAUCUGUCAGACUCCAAUGUCGUUUGCAAACAACUGGGAUGUGGACAUGCCAUCAAUGCAACUGUCUCCGCUCAUUAUGGGGAAGGAUCAGGGCAGAUCUGGCUGGAUGAUGUGAACUGCUCUGGGAAUGAAUCUGAUCUCUGGUCGUGUCCUUCCAGGAGCUGGGGCCAGCACAACUGCAGACACAAAGAGGACGCGGGAGUUCUCUGCUCAGGUCUGUUCACAGAUCUGAGGCUGGUGAGCGACAGUGACUGUGCUGGGCGGUUGGAGGUUUUCUACUAUGGGAUGUGGGGCAGUGUUUGCUCCAAUCAGAUGUCUGGAGUCACCGCAGCAAUUGUCUGCAAACAGUUGAACUGUGGGGAUGGAGGGCAGAUUGCAAGAGACUUUGCAUAUGGAGCAGGUUCUGGUCCCACAUGGCUGGACCAUGUUGCAUGCAGUGAGCAGCACAGCUCCCUUUGGCACUGCCCAUCAGACAUGUGGAAAGAGCAGUCCUGUGAUAACCGUGCGGAAGAGACCCAUAUUUCUUGCAGUGGAAAAAAAGAGAAACCACGUCAGACCCUGUUUGCUGAAUGCCCGAAUUCUACAAGCUGCACAGACCAGGAAAAGUUACGUGUCGUGGGAGGAGAGGAUAGGUGCUCAGGCAGAGUGGAAGUUUGGUAUCGUGGCUCCUGGGGAACAGUUUGUGAUGACUCCUGGGACAUGGCAGAUGCCAAAGUUGUGUGUAAACAACUGGGCUGUGGAUCUGCUGUACCAGUCCCAGGCGAGGCUGCAUUCGGUGAGGGGACUGGUCCCAUCUGGGUAGAAACGUUGAAUUGCAGAGGGACAGAGUCAUCUCUCUGGGACUGUCCUGCCAAGCCCUGGGGUGAGAGCAACUGUGGUCAUAAGGAAGAUGUUGCAGUGAAUUGCUCAGGUAUGCCAGGGACGACAUCAUCACUGAGUAGAACAGCUCCCCCGCGCCGCCCUCCAACCGACAGUGGGAGAGUCACAGUGCCCGUGGUCGUCUGCAUUAUCUUGGGGGCCCUGCUCUGCCUGGUCUUAAUCAUUCUGGGUGCACAGGUGCGAAGUGCCAGAGUACAGCACAGAGGCUCCUUGGACCCUUUCUCUGAGGCCGUGUACGAAGAGAUCGAUUAUAACCUGAUGAGAAAGAAGCAGGAGAUGUUUGAUGACUCAGUCUCCUAUUCAGAUGACUCCGUGACGAAGCUGCAGUAUUACACCGGGGACAGUGAGGGGGAAAACGAUCCUGGAUCCGAACAAGAGGGAGUUUACCUGGGGGAGUCUCAGUUGGAUUAUGAUAACGUGGAGGAGCCUGCCUUGAACGACGUCCUCCAGACUCCAGAUGGUCAAGAGGUCCCUUCCCUGCCUGGAGAUGACCCAGGGGAUGGUUAUGAUGAUGCCAGAGAAAUUUCUGACCCUGAAGAUAAUCCUGGUCCUGGACCAAGUGCCCAGGAAGUCACUGUGACCCAUGGGGAAAGUGUCAGGAACUGGGAUUCACAGACUGGCUGGAAUCUGCACUCACUAAGAAGCGAAGGGGCCUCUGGGGCUGAGAGGGUCACCCUGUCCUCACCUCCUCAUGACCCAGGUUAUGAUGACAUUGAUGAUGGCAUCUCUGGGACAUCGAUAUAA